CAUUAUUUAACUACAAAUAUUGAAUAAUUGAUAUAAAUACAAAUCCCAAUAUAUAAAUCAUUUCUUAUCAUUUAAGUUUUAAUAUUACUUAAUACAUGAUUUGUUCUUUCACAAUGAGUCAAAUGUUAAAUAUACCAGAAUCAUAUAAAGAUAUCACAACUGCUGCUAUAAAAGGAAUAAUAGGGUGUGAUAAUGACACAGUGAUCUGCACAACUGACAAAAAGCUUAUGACUUUUUUCAAAGGAUGUCUGAUGAAAAAUUGUAAUGUAGAGAUUGAAGUUAAACAUUUAGAACCAUUUCUUGUAUAUAAUGAGCCUAAAAUUGAAGUUUAUUAUAUUUUACAUGGAGAUGAUAAAGUUGUAAUAGUCAAAGACGAAACAAGUCUUAAGAUUAUUACAACAUACUUCAAUGUUCAUGAAAUGGUUGUCCAUGAUCAUAAUAAUUCAGGAAUUCCUCAACUUUAUUUGAGAACUGACAAAGGUUUUGAAUUAAUUGAUAUUUUUGGAAAUAAGGAACAACUUUAUAGUAUACCUCAAGAAACUUCUGUUGUAUAUACAUUUUGUGUAAACAAAUUACAACAUUUAAAAACAUUAUACGACACCGAGAGAAAUAAAAUAUCACAAAAAACUACAUCUUUUAUCAGUGCUGUAAUGCAAGUAUCUAAUGAUGAUACUUCUGAUGUUAAAUUGUUAUCAAAUGUUAUAAGCAAAAAUUCUUGGCUAAAAUUAUCUAAUGAAAAUCUUGUGUAUGGAUUUACUCUUCAAAACACUUCAAAAUUCCCGGUAUCAAAUUUUAAUCUAAUACUUUUAGAAAACAAUGAACAAAUUUGGUCCGAAUUUCGAUAUGAAUGUUGGGCAGUUGUAAAUAAUAAAAGUGGCUUUAACUUUUAUAGUGGUAAUGCAAGUACUAGCAUUUCAAAUUGUAUUGAAAAAAGUGUCUUGAGUUUGAAUUCUGAAAGUUCAAUCAUAAUUACUAUUGUCAUUAAUAAUUGGAACACUAAAUCACUUCCAUAUUUUGUUAAUAGCAUAGUGUACAUUAAUAACAAAAAUGAUGAUAGGAUACAAUACCUUAAUCCUGAUAAAAUUAUGGUUACUGCAGAUUUAUUCUUGAAUAAAGAAUUUGAUACAUUUGUUAAAAAUGGUAUUUUUGUUGAAGAUUUAGUGACUUUACGUUGCACCAAAUUAGUCUCAUGUUAUCAAAUUAAGAGUUCCGUGUGUCUCAAAGAUAUAAAAAAUAUCAUUAUGAACAAUUUUAAGUUUGAUGUAAAACAUGAAUGGUUUGUUCACAGUUCUUUAUCGUGGUUAAGAACAGUUGUAUGCUAUUUGGAUCCAGUAUCGCCAUUAGAGUUUAUUCUUAAAGUGUAUUCAGACUCAUUGGGGUACACAAAAAUAUUUAUUCAAUUACUGACUACAAUGUUAUCCGAGCACACUAUAAUUAAUCAUCUAGAUACUAAAGUACCAACAUAUUAUAAUAUUGAUACAGUUAUGAUAGAUCUAAAGGAACUUCGAAAUAUUUUUAAAAGAUAUUUGAAUAAACAAAUAAUAAUACCAAGAGAUCAAUGGAAUAUCACUCGUUGUAAAUUGGUAAGUUCUAUGUAAACUUGCACUUUAUUGCACUAAAAACUGAUGUUGAUUGCUUAUUACAUAACAAAUAUAUUUAAUAUUUUGUUAAUGUUGAACGUAGGUAUAUAAGUUAUAAAUAUAUUAUUUGCCAUUGCAUUCUUUCUACACAUUUCUUAACAUAACUAUGUACAGAACAACCUGUCAAGCAGAUUCCACAAAUGUUUUGUUUUCUGUUUAUUGUGAUAUAAUUUUUUUUUGUCACUUAAAUUCUGCAAAUAAUAGAAUAUUUCAAUAGUUUAUCAACAAAUAUAUAAUGUAUAGGAGAAAGAUCAACUCAAUUUAUUCACAACAUUAAUAAUUAAACACAACAUAAACAUGAUAAUAUCUAACAAUAAAACUUAACAAUAAAAAUAUUUA